UAAAGCCCCGGGUAGAGUUUCCUAAAUGAAUGCUGACAGUUGUGGCCUCAGGCGUUUGCAGGUGCUGUAAAAGCACUGGCGCUCAUUGAGUCUGCUGAUCCACCCACACUCAGCAUUUUCUCUCUGUGGCCGGUGAGAUCUCAACCACUGCAGCAAUGCCUCCCCCGGGUGUGUGUAUGAACAUCAUCAAUGCACGUCAUAAGAAAGAUGGUUAUGGGACCAUCACCAACCCUGAGAAGUUCCUCAACCAAGACUUCCAGCAGCUGAAACAGUACUGUCUCAUCCGACGGGUAAGGUACAUUGACGAAAUGUUCCCCCCUGACAGGAACUCCAUCGGCCAAGGGAUACUGACAUCUUCUGACCUAGCCCGAGUUGAGUGGUUGAGACCAACGAAAAUUGUUCCCAAUCCAUCUUUUAUUGUUGAUGGCAUCUCCAGAUUUGACUUUGGUCAAGGUUUGGUCGGAAACUGCUGGUUUCUUGCAUCUAUUGGAGCUCUGACGUUCCAGAAUUCCAUCCUCGAGCAAGUUGUUCCUACUGAACAAAAAUUUGAUGAGGACUACUGCGGACUGUUCCACUUCAGGUUCUGGAGAUUUGGAAGGUGGGUGGAUGUUGUCAUUGAUGACAAGCUGCCAACAAUCAAUGGCAGACUAAUCUUUGUCCACUCCAAAGACCCAACUGAAUUCUGGCCUGCUUUGCUGGAGAAAGCCUAUGCCAAGGUAUGUGGUUCCUACUCAGACAUGAAUGCUGGAACACCUGCUGAGGCUUUGGUGGACUUCACUGGUGGUGUCCACAUAUGCAUCGAGUUGUCAGAUCCUCCUCCAAACCUGUGGGAGCUGAUGUGCAGAGCUGGCCAAUCCAGGUCACUGAUGGGUUGUGGUACACCUCAGGGGAAGACAUCUGCCAACACCGUACUACCAAAUGGACUGGUUCAAGGCCAUGCCUACACUGUCACGGGUGUGAAACAGGUGAUGACCCAAGGGGGAAUCGUAAACCUGGUGCGUUUGUGGAACCCCUGGGGCAAAGGAGAGUGGGCUGGAGACUGGAGUGAUAAUUCGCCUUUGUGGCGUGCUGUGAGCCCUGCAGAUCGUGAGAUGUGCCUUUCAGUGGGAGAUGAUGGGGAAUUUUGGAUGACCCUGAAGGACUUCUGUAGAUUCUACACAGAUCUUGACAUCUGCUGCCUCUGUCCUGACUUCCUUGAUGGAAGCUCCUCCUGCCAUUGGAAGACCUCAUUCUAUGAGGGCAGAUGGGUUGCAGGAACCACUGCUGGAGGAUGCAUGAAUAACCAUGGGAGCUUCUGGACUAAUCCACAGUAUCGGAUCACGAUUGACGAAUUACUCAGUGAGUGUUCUGAAAAGCAGGGUGAAAAAAACAUGCUGGUGUCUCUCAUGCAAAAGCCUGACAAGAGGAACAGACGUCUGGUCCAAAAUCUCCACAUUGGAUUCUCAGUAUUUGAGGUGACUGAAGAAUUCAAGGCGGAGAGAGGGAAGUUCCCAGCCUCUUUCUUCAGCAGAAACAGACCUGUGGCCCAAACUAAAACCUACGUGAACGCUCGUGAGGUGAUGGAGUUCCUCAUGCUAAAGCCUGGUGAAUACCUGAUUGUGCCAUCCACCUUUAAUCCCAAUGAGACGGCCUCCUUCAUCCUGACCAUCCUGUCCAAGGCAGAGACCCACAUCCAUGAGAAUUCUGGUGGCCACAGCCACGAACACAUGGAAGAAGAAGAGCCUGUACCAGCAGAAAAUGGAGUGGAUGACGAAAAUAAGAGAACCAUUUUCCGUCAGUACUCAGACAAGUAUGAAGAAGUGGAUGCUGAGCAGCUCCAGAUGAUUCUAAAUGACAGAAUCCUGAAAGGAGACUUGAAAUCUGGAGGCUUCAGCAUUGAUGCCUGUCGCAGCAUGGUUGCUCUGAUGGAUACAUCUAUCACAGGAAAACUGAAUGGUGAGGAAUUUGUGCGUCUGUGGAAGAAGGUGGUCUCAUACAAGGACAUUUUCUUCCGCACUGAUGUUUCACAAACAGGAACACUGUCACUGAGUGAGCUCAGGAAUGCAAUCAUGGCCACAGGAAAGAGAAUGAGCGAUGACAUGCUGAAUUUGAUGGCUCUACGCUACGGUGGCUCCUCUGGACACAUAACACUGGAGAGUUUUAUCAGUCUCAUCCUUCGCUUUGACUGCAUGUACCAAAUCUUCGGCCAGUUGUCGGAUGGAUUGAACAUGACUCUUCGCGAGUCAGAGUGGAUGUACCUUUCGAUGUACACUUAACCUGACCGAAGAGCAAUGAGCUGCAAGCUUCACUUGGCAUUACAGCAACAGCAAAAAAUAAAAUACAAAACAUAUUCUUUUGCAAAGUUGUUAGGACAUGGUUUGGAAACACAACAGGGCACUUACAUCACUCUACCUCAAAGUAGAGUGGGAGAACAAAUGGGGCAGACAUGCACAGUUUAGCAGAUAGAGGCUACUAAUUUUUUUAAUCACCACAGCACUGGGAAUCUGCAACUUUGCUUACUUGUUACACUUGUAAUGGUACGUGCAUUUUUCCACUGCUGAGGAGCAUGUUGUCAUUUUUACUGUGGUUAUUCAUAUGUUACAUUUGUUACAAAUGCCACACUGAGUACUGAAAUAGUUUUGGGUUUUUUUAAGGCUCAAUUUAGAGAGAACUGUAUAGAAAACCAAAUUGGAACCAUGAAUAUACUAUAAAAUCAAGUUAAUCUGCAAUUAGAACCUAUGCCAUGAUACAUAGCCAAAAUACUGUACCUUUUUAAAUCUACAUUUUAGUCUCUUUGAUUGGGUGCUUCAUUCAUAUUAAGUGGGUUACUGCACUUUUUGUGUUACUUGGGUGUGAAUUUGUUUUUUGUUUUUUUUUUGGCCAUGCAAGUGGCAUAUUCACCAUUUGGACUAAACUUAAAUAUCUCAACAAUUGUUCAAUUAUUGAAUGGAUUGCCAUAAAAUUUGGCAACGAUGGUAAAUGUUGCACUUGCUAAAUAUCAGCAUCUUAUCAUGCUUAUUUUUUUUUAAAAUCACUUUGUACUUAUAUUAAAUAAAGACAUUAUCCAGA